ACAACAACAACAACAAUAAGUUGCCACCUUUGCUGCGACUUUUUAUUCCGACCCAGAGGAGCAGGAGCAGGUCUGAGCAUGCGCACUGCAUCGGUUCUAGGGGGACGGGGAGGACAUCACGGAAAAAAACGUAGCGGCAGCACCACACACCCCACGCCGAGAUUUCCUCUCUGCGCGGCGCUCGAACUGCGCGACGGACGCGGCCCGCGACUAUGCCCGGUGCGGCGCUGCGAUGCGGGAGGACCACUUGACAGGCCGGGGUGAGGUCUGAGCCGUUGCCGGGAGGGGAUUCACAUUUCUUCAUAUGGGAGCAGCAUGCGGGAAAUGGUCGGAGGUUGCUGCGUGUGUUCUGACGAGCGAGGCUGGGCUGAGAACCCGCUGGUUUACUGUGAUGGACACGGCUGCAGCGUCGCGGUGCACCAAGCAUGCUACGGCAUCGUCCAAGUGCCCACUGGUCCGUGGUUCUGUCGAAAGUGUGAGUCACAGGAGAGGGCGGCUCGCGUGAGGUGUGAGCUGUGCCCCCACAAAGAUGGUGCCCUCAAGAGGACGGACAGCGGAGGCUGGGCCCACGUGGUGUGUGCGCUUUACAUCCCAGAGGUGCAGUUUGCCAACGUCCUCACCAUGGAGCCUAUCAUCCUGCAGUAUGUCCCCCAUGACAGAUACAUCAAGACCUGUUACAUCUGUGAGGACCAUGGGAGGGAAAGCAAGGCUGCCUGUGGAGCCUGCAUGACCUGCAACAGACAGGGCUGCAGACAAGCUUUUCAUGUCACCUGUGCUCAGAUGGCCGGUCUGCUGUGUGAGGAGGAAGGCCCAGAAGCUGACAAUGUGAAAUACUGUGGCUACUGCAAGCAUCACUACAACAAAAUGCAGAAGAAGUUGCGCUCCAGUGAAAAUACGAGCAGUUCCUUCAGUCUUUCCAGGGGGCGCUCCAGCUCUCCCUCACAGGACAAACACCACCACCACAGGCAGAGGAAGAGUCAUAAGGAUAAAAUAAGGCAAAAAGAGUGCUACAAGAAGUCGUCUGACGGCCUGAGUACAUCAGUGACAUCCAGCAGCAUAGAAAAGAUCUCCUCCAGUCACCACAGUAGCAAGGAUAUUGAGGGGAAAUCCAAGAAGCUGAGCUCACACAGUCAUGUUCAUCGCAGUAAAAAGAUAGGAAGCACUGGAAAAAGCUGCUCCUCCUCCUCCUGCUCCUCCAGUCCAUUCAACACAGGUGGCUCCUUGUCUUCUGCUCAGGAUUUCCAUCAAUUCUCAUCUUCAUCCCGCCUGGAGCGGGACCCUGACCGAGGAGUUGAUGACCACAGUGGAGAGGAGCGCAAGGAGCGACACAGGAGGCCGGCAAUCCAGGAGGACGAGGAUGAAGAGGACGACGAGAAGGAGGAGGAAAAAGAGGAGGAGGAGGAAGAGGAGGACAGUAAAUACCACAAGCCACCAGCAUUGACUCCUGCUGAUGGCCCACUGGCAGGAUCCCAGGGUCAUGACAGGUCAGAGAGCAACUCGAAUCCUUUCGAGAACAAGGUCACCAUCUCCACCUUUGGGUCCAUCAUGCGCAUCACCUCCUCGUCAGGGCUGGGCAGCAGCAGUAAGAUCCGCAAGAUCUCCUCCUCAGGGGAUUACAAACCUUCCAAGUCUCUUUGCAAGCCGUCUCAACUGAGCACGCCACCUAUCCUAGAGGAGGCGGACCAGGAAGACAAAGCCACACCUCCACCACUGCCCCGGGAGAGGAGGCACCGCGGCAACAAGAAGAGCCGCCAUGGUCCAGGGCGCCCACGGGGAAGCAAGAACCGAGAGAGGAGGGAAGACGAGCUUCACCACCACCAUCACCACGCAGCACCUCCUCCUCCUCCACCUCCUCCUCCUCUUCCUCCUCCUCCUCCAGCCUUAACCUCCUCAGUCUACCCAAGCCCAUCCUCCAUCCCCCACUCCACCUUCCCCUCGACGCUACCUCCCACCUCUUCCUCUUCUUCUUCCUCUUCCUCUUCGUUCUCCUCCUCCUCUGUCGGUAGUUUUUCCACAGGCCGUGGUAACUCACUGCUUGGCUCUGGUAUCUACUCCAGUCUCAAGGACCCUCUCACACUGGGCGGGGGUGUCUCCAGUACUCCUCUCUCCCUGGGCGGAGGGCUCUGCAGCACCGCAUUGUCCCUAGGGGGGGGCAUGUGUAGCACCUCCUCAGGACUCCUCCCAUCCCAUGUCUCCUCUCUCUCUCUUCCAUCAGUCAGCACUGUCUCCAACACACAGGUCCCUCCAGGUUCCAGUACCUCUUAUAGCCUGACCUCCACCCAGCCUUUCGCCAGCUGUCUCUCCACAGCCCCGCAACAGCUGCCACUACUGAGCCAAGCCCAGACCUCACUGCCAGAGUCCGACCUCGAUGACUGUCGCUUUCCGUGUCAGGGGAACUCACCAAGAGAGAGUCUUUCAUCACAGUCUCCCAUGAGCUGUCUUCCUCUUCUGUUCGACCAGAGAGAUGGGCUGUGUGCAGGAGUCAGAGCCCGUCCAGAGAACGUCCCUCCAGCCAGCUCCCACAUAGAGCUCCUGCUGGAGAAACAUGGAAACGGAGAGAUGGGAGCCAACAUUGUGGAGAUGCUCCAGUCGCUCCACUCCCUGCAGCAGGAGAACCAGCGCCUACAGGACCAGAUCCUCAGCCUGACGGCCAAGAAGGAGCGGCUGCAGGUGCUCAACACGGAGCUGGCUGUGCCUUUUCCUCCACACGUUUAUUCCGCCCUGGGCACCUUGCACACUUCAGCACAGAUCAACUUCCUGUCAUCCACCCAAGACCUUCUUAGCACCAAUAAGAGUCCCCUGUCCAAAAGCUGCUUCUUGAAUGACACCUCCUUUGUUAACUCAUCUGAGGAGCUCCACUCUGGUAGUCCAUCCCGCAGCAGCUCGUCCCUCUCUUUCCAAAGUACUCCUCCUCCUCAGCAGAGUCCGGCCUCCUUCAGUCAGCCGCUGCUGAAUGGCCUGAGUCGAGGUCUGAGCGACGGUCUGGGGACCAUGAGUCAGGCUGGCAGCUCCUCUCUGCCGAUGGUGGGUGGGCUGAUGGCGUCUCUUGCAGGAAGUAUGAACGGUGUGCUAGGAAGCCUGAACGGUGUGAUCCAGUCUCCGUUGCAGAACGCCCCACAGCCCACACUCCCUGCUCUGCGCCCCCAGCCUCCACCGCUCAACCCACAGGCACUGGCACAGGGCUUCCAGCUCCCCAAGAGUGUGAGCCCAUCCUCUCUCCUGUCAGAGCAGCAGAAGCAGCUUCUUCUAGAGCAGCAACAGCCGCAGCUCCAGCAGUUCCUGGCCUCACAGAACUUCACUCCAGAGCAGCAGGUGGUGGUUUGCCAGAUGCUGCAGCAGCAGAGACAGAGGGAGCUGCAGCGCCUCACGCUUACAGGAGCACUCACCUCCACCCCAAACUCACCCAUGAUCGCCCAUUCGCCCAACCUGAUGUCCUCUGCCACAGCCUGCCCCCUGCAGGGCGGCCAGGGAGGCGGCCUCUUCACUCUGCAGGACCAAGCACUUCACAAGCCGGGGGGUGGAGGAGAAAAGGGCGGAGAUAAGAAUGGGUGACGUCUCUCGAUAACACAAGAGCAGCUCAAAUGAAGAUGCCGGGUGUCACACCACCCACUUGAAAAACUGAAGUCCACUUUUAGACUUGUGAACGUCUUUUACUCUCCGUCAUCUUUAUCUUAAACACUCUUUUAUGAAUGUAUAACAGGAUGGACUUAAAUUUCAAGGUGAAGUUUUUUCGUGUUUUGAAAGUCUUUAUAUCAGAGGUUCUUUUCAUAGAUUUUUUUGUGUAGGCAGCUUUCAGAGAGCAUGAAUUCCGUGGUCUCUUCUUAAAUUGCACUAUUUUGUUAGUUAGACCAAUGGGGCUGCUGACGAAGGCAGAGCCCGAGUUCCUGCUCGUCCCUGCAGGUACUGUGUGGGCUUUUUUUUCCUGACUUCUCAAGCACUGACCGUUCAUGAAUUCCCUCCACUCAGUCAGUGAGAAUCACAGCUCUGCCCCUUGUUGCAACCUCACCUGUCUUCCUUGAUAUGUCUUCCCGUUGUCUUCACCCCGCCCAGAUUUCAUGCGGAUCUUCUCUGUCGCAGCCUCUCACAGGCUCUUACCGUGUAAAGCAUGAAUAUACUGUCACUUUUCAAUGUGUGGUCGGUGGCGUUUCAACAUGAAGCUAGUUAUUACCUCAAACGUUUUUGCCACCUACUUUCCAUUGUUGACAUUUUGUGCUGACUCUUUACUACAAUAGUCAUAUUUAAUGGAUAUAAAGGCCCACCAAAAAAUCCUGGUGUUAGCUCAAAGGUAUUAAGUCAUGUAACUGUAAAAAUGGCACGCAACCCUCUCAUCAAAAAUUAGAGCCACCAGGUUUUAAUCUUAACGACCACAAGAGUUUCUAAAGCCUUUUAUAUCCUCCCAGUUGCUGUCGAGAUUAAGCAGAUGAAACCAAACAUUUGGAAAUUGUGAGGAAAAAGAAAUGAGUAGUUUUUCCUAAAGAAGUGUGCACUUUGCAUGUUAGAAGUUAACAGAGCAAAUUAGUCAUCAACACAGAAACUUAAUAAAGGAUGCUUGGUACUAACCAGGCCAUUAGGUUUUUGAUUGAUAAGAGUAUUUUGCACUCUAUCCUCAAGUGUCAGCUUAUGUUACUUCCAUACGUAGAUCCUUUUCUUGUUGGACGACUAGUGGUUCUUUUAGCAAUACUGGAUAGAUAAUGAAUGCCUUAAUGAUACUAGAUUUACAGAGAGAACCACGAGCCCAGAGGCUCACUCUCCUGCUGAUUUCCUUCAAUAGUGUUUUAUAUCUGGGGUUCACAGAGGGGGACAUUACUGAGGUGAACUCACUCUUCCUAAGCUCAUUUACUUUUGCUAGCGGACUGAGGAUUUCAACAAUUGUGAAUAACAGUAUAGUGAUAACUGAAGUGUCAAAUCAUUUUUCUAUUGUAAUUUUUGUGUCAAGAUGCAAUGAUCUUGAGUUGUUUGUGCUUCAGUGAACUGAGACGGAUUUAUUGGAAAAACAGUGCGCAGUGGUGUCAUAGGAAGACGACCGAGACGUAAAAGUUAAAGUGUAACAGACAGUGGAUUGCCAAUGCAGGGCUGUUAGAGCCCAUCUAGACGUUAGCCAGUGUAGAGACUCCAGCCCCUUUUACUCAGCCUGUUGCAUCUUUGUAUUCAACUUUCCAGUUCUGUGUGAAAUGAACAGACAUGGAAUGGGGUUGGCUUUUCUGUCCCACCUGAAUGGCAGACAUUGUCAUAGUUUGUUGAAUAAGGGAGCGGCAGCGUGGCGGGUCAGUCGUCGAGCCUGAUUUUGGAAUGUGGGCAUGUUAUCUCAAACCACACAUGUGGUUGUUUAAGUGUAAACAAGCAAGGGCGACAUAACAAUGGGUCGUCUUAACUGCAAUAUGUCUGUGUAAAAGGGGCUUAUGAUAAAAAAGCUUCUUCUCCUCCACUUCAUCAUGUGACGGCUGUUUGCAUCCGUUUUCUCUCACAUUCAUCUCUUACCCUCAAAGUAAGGGAUUGUUUUAUCAGGUUUUUUUCCCUGUGUUCUUUACCAAUAUCUUCUUGGCCUUUUAAAUAUUUUGUCACUUUUUUUCCUCGAACAUGAUCUCCCAUACAUGUGAUACGUUGAGUGAUAGUUUGUUUUGUUAGCAGCUAAUGUAGACGUCAGAAGGAAUUUAAAGCAGCUCACUAGUCGCUGAUAAAUACUGUAGCAAUGCCAGAGGGAGAACGUUGAUUCUGUUGAUAAAGACAUAAGCCGACGUGUUGACAUGACUCUGAGUGGGAGGAGUGUUUCGCCCACCAUGUCCUUACGAGUCGUCUGUCACACACCAGGUCCAGGACUGAGGAGCGGUGCGAAGGAUUUCUGAGGCAGUUUCUUUCUCAUGUUGCACUGGGGCACUUUGGGCCCAAUUGUAAAUCGUUUUUUUUAAGUACCUUUUCAAUUUUGUUGGAAUACGAGUUGUAUACUUCAAUGUUUGUGUAAAAACACAUUCAUUUUUUUAAGCUUUGAAGUUUGAGUAAGCAAGAUAAUCCUUGUUCUGAAUGUCGUACUGUGUAUCUUUUAUGUAUUACAACAUUUAAGCACCUGGCUUUGAAUGAGGUUUGAUGGAGAGCAAGUUACCUAUUGGGAAAUGAGUUGCAUGAAAUGCAGUGAUGUCUCUCAAAUGUAUGGCUAAAUACCAAGUAAUAACUAUGCAUUAUUUGAAAUGCAUUGUUCCCUGAAGAAGAAAAAAGAAGAAAUUUAAUGAAAUGAGCACUGAAGUUUAAAAAGGACAUGCACUUCGUCAUUGUACAGUGUAUUUGAGAUUGAUCAAAAUGGAAUUGACAAUAUUAAGAUUAAAAGCCCUGUAAAGUAUUUUGAUAUUUUUGUGUGUAAAAUUAAAAAAGGAUUUUAAGACGA